UGUUCGAGAACCGCAGACCAAAACCACAAAAACCAACAAUCAACAUGAAGUUCAUCAUUGUCUUUGUUGCCCUCUUCGCCCUGGCUGUCGCCGCUCCCCCUAGCAAAUCUGAGGAAGCAGUAGUCCUCCGCCUGGAAUCGGAUGUUGGACCCGAGAGCUUCAAAUACGGUUGGGAGACAAGCGAUGGUCAGUCCGCCGACGCAGAGGGACAGCUGAAGAACAUCGGCACUGAGGAGGAGGCCAUCUCCGUCAAGGGAUCCUACAGGUUCGUCGGUGAUGAUGGCGUCACCUACGAGGUCACCUACAUCGCUGAUGAGAACGGUUUCCAGCCCCAGGGCGCUCAUCUGCCCGUUGCCCCCGAGGCAUAAGUUGAGUUGCUUCCAACCUAAGCAGCUUUAAUGCCAUCGAGACCCUUGUUAAAAUCCCCAGCCCGAUUUUCCAAACCUUUACUUUAAAAGGAAAAGGAUCUAAGUCAAAAGCCCCAAAAUUUGUUGAAUAUUAAAGAAAAAUGAGUACAUAAA